AUGACAACGACACAGGCAGAGUGCCCACGAUGCUUUUGCGAGGCCGAUUCCAUUCCGGGCGUAACAAAAUACAAAGAAGCGGUCCUCCGCAGAGUUAAAAAGAAUAAUCCAAACUUUGGAAGGUUUUUUUACGGAUGCGAGAGAUUUGGCAGGAGCGACGGUCCACCUGCGUGCGAAUUUUUCAAAUGGGUAAACGCUGGUAAUGGUGAAGAAGACGCUUUGGAGACGGGACAAUUACCUCACCCUGUUCCAAUAAUGAAUGGAGGAACUAGUGUGACGGCUGUACAUUCAUAUAACAUAAAUGACUUGAAUAAACCUAUUCUCCCCACGAAUUGCAGUGCACCUCUUACCGGGUCACUUUCAAACCCUUCUAGCGUUUCUUCGCUGGCUGCUACAAGGUUUCCAUCCGAUUCUCCGUCGAUACACACACCUAAAUUAUCCUCCGUCGUACCAAACACACAUCUAGAACACACUCUGCUCUCCCACAUUCGUAGGCAAGAUCGGAUAAUUCUUGCAAUGACAAAAUCGAGAAACUAUAUGCGCGAGUUUGCUGCAAAUCUAGCAAAACAACGAGACGAAAAGGAGAGAGAGUAUAUGGAGCUUCACAGAAAAUGGACAAACCUGCAACGAAAGUUGGGUGAUCUGGAUAGGCUGAAUAGAUCGUUACCAUCGCCCCUCUCCGAUGACGCCAACAUCAACAUUACCGUUACUGAUUCCAGUAAGUUGGACUCUAUCAACAAUAUCAGCAGGACUGAAAAAGCAAGUCAAUUUGAUAGCUUUGAUGCAUUGGACAUUCCUUCCAACGUUGUUGAUUUCGACGAGGAAGACGAGAAUAUCGUUACCUCUAUUACCACUACCAUUACACCACCACGUUUUCUUACACUCCCGUCAACGUCGACAUUCACAGCAUUUGGCAAUCUUAACGAAACCACAGAUAAUGGAAGCGAUGUUGAAGUCGAGGGACGGUCGGGAGGUGGCUUGCUUACAGUCGUCAUGACAGGUACGUGCCAUAUACGCCGCGUAUCGAUUGAUGCUAGUCUGCUUGAGGACAAGCACAUUCUGGAAGACUUUGUGAUGGCUGCGUUCAAUGAUGCAAGGUGUAAAUUGGGUACACCAGCUGAGGAAUAUUCAGGCAGAUUGUUGAGCCGUUCACCACUAUCAUUGGGCUUCAAAUCGCCGUUCUACAGAACGGAACGAGAACAGCAAACGGAGGAAUCUCGCCCUGCUUCACUUGACAGGGAAAAUGAAAAUUCAACGAUAGUAAAUUCACGACUGUCAAUGUCCGCAGAGUUUGACAGCCUUAAGGAGAAAGUGAAAAGUUUGGAAAUAGAAAACGAUAAUCUGAAGAAACGCGCCAAGAAACUCUGUUCUACUAUAGAGUUGGAGAAAGAGUCCCUUGAACAAACUAAUUCGGAUCUAUUGAAGAAAGUAGACUUUCUUCAAACAACUAAAAGCCUCGUGGUGACAAAACUUGAGGAGUUAGAGAAGGAAAAGAAGAUAUUAAAUUCCAAAAUAACUUCGCUUGAGGAAGACAACGAAAAACUCAAAGCUCAUGUAGAUGCGCUUGAGGAAGAAAAGACGAAAUGCAGAACAAUAUGUGAAGUGGAUGUUGGAGAAUUUAGAAAGCGGGCUAUUGAAGCGGUUAGAAAAGCCGAGGGUGCGAUAAAUACGACAGCGUCACUGCAAGAAGAAAUAGACGAAUUAAAACUCAAGGUUCGCGAAGUGGAGGCAAAAAGAGAUUGGUGGAGAGUACAGGCGGAGAUAAAGGAUAAGGAUAAUGAAUUGCUAAGACAAGAACGGGACUUUGCCCGUGAAAUGGAAGAGAAGUAUUUGAAGGACUUAUUAGAAUGGAAAAGCAAGGCUACGGCAGGCGCAGCGUGA